AGGGGAAAUGAAUCGCGGCUCCGUGUGGCAGUGGUGCCCAUCACUUUCUCUCUCUAUAUUCCAUUCUCUCUCUCUCUCUCUCUCUCUCUCUCUCUCUCUCUGUCUCUAUUUCUCUCUCUCUCCAACGCAUCGUUAGAAUCGCAGAGGUGUCGCAAAUUCCAGGUGAGUUUUGGAAAUCGCAGCGCAGGUUCAUUCUUUGUGGUUAUUGGCUCAAUUCGAGUUGCGGAACUUGCAAAAUGUCCGAUGAAGAUGUUCGGAAAGUCUCACUUCAGGAUAUACAGUUGGUACAGAAUCUUAUAGAAAGGUGUCUUCAGCUUUACAUGACUCAGAGAGAAGUUGUGAGUACCUUGUUAGAUCAGGCAAAAAUCGAGCCUGGCUUCACUGAACUAGUGUGGCAAAAACUUGAAGCCGAAAAUCAAGAAUUCUUCAGGGCAUAUCACUUGAGGUUGAUAGUGAAGGGGCAAAUAAUGAGAUUUAAUCAGCUGCUCCAGAGACAGGCUGAGCUAAUGCACCAAAUGCACCAGGCAGGAGUUGCUCCCCUUCCUAAUUCUAAUGGAUCUCAGAUUCAUUCUUUGCACAACUCGGCUUUCCAAGCCCCGCAACCUACUGGACCGCUUGUAAAGCAGGAAACCUUGCACCAAGCUAUGAACAUAAUGCCGAAUGUAUACACAAACGGUGCAUCCUCUUUACAAGCACACGCUCAAAUUCCAGUCAAUAUGUCGGGGCAUGUUGGAAGGAUGGAUGUGACAGGAAACAUGCUAUUGAGUCAGAACUCAAAUGUGGGAAUGAUGCAAGGAGUCAACGGGGUGAUGGUUAAACAGGAGGGCAGCUUCACAGGGGAUUCUCCAUUUAUGUUUGGUGCGGACAACGCUUUUCCAGAACCCCGUAAUUCCAUUGGAGAACCUUCGGUUUCCCCUUUCGGAAGCACCGAGGCUGGGUCAGGAACGAUGAAUGGGGCAAUGUUGGACCCUGAGGCGAACUCAUAUGGGUUCCUUGGACAGAUUCCGCGAAACUUCAGCUUAUCUGAUCUCACAGCUGAUUUUUCUAACAGCACUGCAGACAUACUCGAGAGCUAUUCGGGAUCUCCAUUCCUGGGAGCCGAUACAAACUUCAUGGAUCCUCAAAUCAGGACCGAACAACCAGACAUGAAGAGGUUGGACACAAUAUCGGAGGGCUUGAGUUAUGAGGAUUUCGGCAGCGACUGAAUGCGUUACUUCUAUGGAUGGAUACUCGGUGACGAGUCAAGAGGUUUCUGUAAAUAUGUGGCAAGAAUUAGAGAGCUACACUAAUUGAAGGUACGGUCGAUUGUUGUUCCCUUUGCAAUGAUUAUUAUUAUUAUUAUUAUUAUUAUUAUUAUUAGCUGUAACCGAUGGAAACUCUAGAUUUUAGGAUUUAGGUGCGACUACUAAGCUUUUUCGCCUCAGGUGAGUAGAGAAUUUGUCUGAUUUGUGGCAAUCAUGUUUGUUUGUAUGUUUUUUAGCUGAGUUUGUCUUAUGGGGAUUUAUGCAAGUAAUUAUUAUCGGUAAGUAAUUUGCAAUUGUGUAAAAUAUCCUCUCUCUCUCUUUUUCUUUUUCUUUUCUCUCUCUAUGGCUUUUGUGUUGAAAAAUGGAGAUUUCAUUUGACCCCGUA